AUGCUCCUCGCUUUAGGCUGGAUCUGUGCGUUUUUCGGCGCGAAAACGCUGUUCGGCUGUGGUCCUCUCUGGGUCCAGCUGGAGGGCGUCUUCCUCUUUCUGGUGAGUGUGCAUCACCUCACGGAGUUUUUCUUCGUGUUUGUCUACCAUCGCCAAGACCUCGACAGCGACAGCUUUCUGCUCAACAACACGGUCGCCUACACACUCGCGCUGGUCCUCUCCGUGGCGGAGCUGAGGCUGCGAGUGCCUUUUCUCCGGGCUGUCUGGACAGCCGAAACCGGCCCAGAUGCAAAGCACGAGGCCUUGCUCACCCUCGCCGAGGAAAUGCCUGUCAAUGUGCUGCGUGGCGUGCUCGCUUCGUCUUCGCUCCUCCUCCGCAGGUGUCUCUCUUGGGUCGGAGGCCUCGACUCAGGCGGCGAGCUCUGGAAGGGUGAGGAUCCGUCGGGGACCUGGAGAAGUUCUCCAGCGGAUCCUCUGGCGUCUUUCUCCGGCUCUCUCGCGACUGCUUCGCGCGAUUCGUUUUCGCUCGCGUCCGCGUCUUCUCCAGCGCAGGAAACGAAAGGCGCGGGCGGCGUCUGUAGACGCGACAUCGUGCUCUUCACGAGUGCAAGAGGCACGGGGAACGGCGUGGGCGGGCUCCUCUGUUCUCUCCUGUGUUUGCUCGGGUUGGUUCUCGCGGUGGCUGGCCUUCUUCUGCGUCUCUGCGCCUUCGCGGCAGCUGGCCGGAACUUCACGCACCAAAUUGCAAGGACGCGCCUUCCGUCCCACGCUCUCGUGACUCGCGGGGUGUAUGGAGUGUACAGACACCCGGCCUACACCGGGUGGUUCUACUGGGCCGUCGGUUGCCAGUUGGCUCUCGGAAAUGUGAUCUGCAUGCUUCUCUUUGCGACUCUCUCCUUCGCGUUUUUCUUCGAGCGAAUCGUCUACGAGGAAAAACUCCUCGAGGCGAUGUUCCCCGGAGCCUACUGCGCCUACCAGGAAGCCGUACCGCGGCUCGGGUAUGCCCACGGAAGUUGCGGAGAAUCUGCGGAAGCAAAGAAUCGGAAAGGAGGAGAAGAGAGAGACUGGUGGAGAACGUGCGCGGGCCGCAGCCGUUGA